AAGGCGAUUGACGGGGAGGAUUACAGGAAUGAUCAAGAUAAUUGUCCUCUGCAAGGAGAAUCGUCUGAACUUGAACGUCCAACCAAAGCACGUAAUUCAACUUUAAACCAACAACCUCAGCCCUGGGUUGAAAAAUACCGUCCAAAAUCCAUUGACGAUGUUACUGCUCAAGAACAAACAGUAGCGGUUCUAAAAAAAUCUAUAGAAUCAAAAAAUUUACCUCAUAUGCUAUUUUAUGGUCCUCCAGGAACUGGCAAAACUUCCACAAUAUUAGCAUUAGCUCGAGAACUUUACGAGCCCGAAAUUUUUAGGGAUCGAGUCUUGGAGCUCAACGCAUCAGAUGAACGAGGCAUCAAUAUUGUCAGAGAAAAGAUAAAAAACUUUGCACGGGUCAUUGUUGGUAAUCGAGGGGAAAGCAAAUACCCAAAUCCUCCUUACAAAAUAAUAAUUCUCGAUGAAGCCGAUCAGAUGACAAACGAUGCUCAAACAGCGCUACGAAGAACAAUGGAAACUUACUCUCGAGUCACCCGUUUCUGUUUAAUAUGCAAUUAUGUUUCACGCAUCAUUGAGCCAUUAGCGUCGCGUUGUGCCAAAUUUCGCUUCAAGCCAUUAAAUAUUGAGGAUGCUAGAGAACGUCUUCAAAUGAUUUGUGAAAAAGAGGGAAUUAGAUAUGAACCAGAGGCAUUGGAUCAGUUGAUUUCCGCUUCGGAGGGAGAUUUGAGAAAGGCAAUCAUGUAUCUUCAGAGUGCUUAUCGUCUCCAUAAGAAUGAGCUUAUCACUAGAUCAUCCAUUCAGGAAAUCGCUGGGACUAUACCUGCAAGUAUUAUUGAGAAUCUUCUCGGACAAGCUUAUCUUUCGUCAUACACAGGAAUUGAAAGUGCGGUCAGAGAAAUUGUGAAAUCUGGUUAUUCUUCGAAUCAAGCCUUAUUGCAGAUUCAAGAAAAAAUUGUAAGUGAAGAUCGGCUUACAGAUAUUCAAAAAUCGACGAUCUCUCAAUACAUUAGUGAAGUAGACCAUAAUCUUAAUGAUGGUUCAGAUGAGCAUUUGCAAAUAUUAGCUCUAAUGUUAAAUAUCAUGAGAGUGCUAUAA